AUGGUCAACGUCCUUAAAGGAGUGCUUAUAGAAUGUGACCCAGCCAUGAAGCAGUUUCUGCUGUGCUUGGAUGAGUCAAAUGCCCUUGGGAAGAAGUUCAUCAUACAAGACAUCGAUGACACACACGUCUUCGUGAUAGCAGAAUUAGUGAAUGUCCUCCAGGAGCAAGUUCGGGAACUGAUGGACCAGAACACUUUUUCUCUCACCCAAAAGUGA